UUGAUGACCGCAUCCCGAUCUCGAACAUGCUAGUCAUUAUUUACUGUGCUCCGAACCAGGCCUCCAGCUAACAAAUGCAGGUUUUCACUUAGAUGAAAGCUAGCGAUUCUGUACAGGUUUUGUUAUAUUUAUUUCAAUUUAGUGUUUAAUUUGUAUGUAAUAUAUAAUUUCUAUUCUAUUCUAUUGUAUUAGUUUUAAGUCAAAAUUAAGCGUCACUUAGUUCCAACUACGACCAUCUGGGAAAUAUAGUUAGUUGUUAUACUGUUUUUUUGAAUGUUUUUCAGUUAUAUGCUGUUACUUGGUAGUUGCAAUUUUUAUGUUGUUGAGUAACGUAUCUCUCUGGCAUUUGGAUAUUAUUUUGAGUAUUUGGCUGCGGUUUUUUGGUAUGUUUGAAGUGUUUGAAUUGAGUGUGAUCUCGUUUUGUCGGAGGGCGAUAGCUAGCGGCUCGGUUCCUCGGAUCGCCAACUCUCCCAGAAUCAAUAGCUUCCUCGUUAUUAUCUACGCCGUAAAUCUCCGUCGGACUCUUUCAUUAAAAGCUGUCAAAGUCGAAACAGAGGGCGAGGGAGAGCGAGUAGUGACGUCACGCCGGUUACAAGAUCAGUGGGACGGCCUGUAGACGUUGUCAAUACCGGGGUCCAUGGAUUCCUCGGAUGGGCGGCGGACGCAUGCGCCACGUCUACGCUUCUCCCUCCGGCUACAACUGUAUUCCGUGCUGUAGAGGAGGAGCCGCCGAGCCGGUCCGGCCUCGCCGCGCCGCACUCACCGCACGCCACUCGCCACUCGCCGCGCGCCUCCUCCGCUCCAGACACUCGCGUACGACGCUCACCGCCCGCCCUCCGACAAACCAACGCACAAGGUAUUGUCCGCCGAUGAGGAUCAUGCGUGGCUCUGCUCCGGACCCUUAUCAUUCUCUUGUCCAGUGUUAUAUGCAAAUCUACUGGACGGAGAACUGAUAAGGGCCUGUAGACUUUGAGCGAUCUUCGGAUCAUGCACCCCUGAACAGGUUCGGCUCCUGCAUCUCGUUACUUGUUGAAUCGGGCCAACGGCCGAGGCUAUUUGAAAGUUAAGUGAUCCCUGGGUCGUCCCAAAAGGGAAAAAUAACGGCCUAAAAUAGAAAAAGUGCUGGUGUUUUGAACUGUACGCAUGUGUAUUCUGUUUUUAAAAAAGCAAACUGUAAAAUUUCUCGAUGCAAUUAUAAUUAUAAAAGGUUAAUAUAAU